CUGAUCUGCUCCUCUAAUCCAAGUACAUUCCACUCAUGCACAUUGUGGCUGCACGCGGACAGCGCGUUUCACCGUGCGGGCAUACAUCCACAAAGCCAAGCCGAGUCACUCAUGUCUUCGUUUCCCCUCCCGGAAGGUUUCAGUUUUGAGUUGAUCCAUUCUGUUAUCGUUGCUUGACGGUUAAAGGAGGGCAAAAAAUACAUCAAUAUGUUUUCGCAGUGGAGUUAUGUAAGACGGCGCCUUUUUUGCACUAACGUGUGGACCUGCUUCCUUUGCCUGGUUAUACUCAGGACAUUUGGCAUUCCCGAUAAUGAAGUGAAUUUAUUGGAUUCCCGAUCAGUAAUGGGGGACCUGGGAUGGAUCGCCUAUCCUAAGAACGGGUGGGAAGAGAUCGGGGAAGUUGACGAAAACUACGCUCCCAUUCACACGUACCAAGUGUGCAAGGUGAUGGAGCACAACCAGAACAACUGGCUCCAGACCAACUGGAUCCUCAACGAAGGGGCGCAGCGGGUCUUCGUGGAGCUCAAGUUCACCCUGCGGGACUGCAACAGCCUGCCCGGGGGCCUGGGGACCUGCAAGGAGACCUUCAACGUCCACUACUACGAAUCGGACGACGAGGAAGGCCGGAACGUCCGGGAGAGCCAGUACACCAAGAUCGACACCAUAGCGGCGGACGAGAGCUUCACCGAGCUGGACCUGGGGGACAGGGUGAUGAAGCUCAACACUGAGGUGAGGGACGUGGGCCCCCUGACCAAGAAGGGCUUCUACCUGGCCUUCCAGGACGUGGGCGCCUGCAUCGCCCUGGUGUCCGUGCGGGUGUUUUACAAGAAGUGCCCCGCGGCUGUCAGGAACCUGGCCCUUUUCCCGGAUACCGUAACCGGGGCCGACUCCUCCCAGCUGCUGGAGGUCUCGGGCACCUGCGUCAACAGCUCCGUGGCGGAAGACCUUCCCAGGAUGCAUUGCAGUGCAGAAGGGGAGUGGCUGGUUCCCAUUGGGAAGUGCAUGUGUCAGGCGGGCUACGAGGAAGUGAACGACACCUGUCAGGUGUGCAAACCUGGAUUCUUCAGAUCAUCUAUUCAGAGUCUAAGCUGCAGCAAGUGCCCUCCGUACAGCUACACCAAACUAGAAGCCUCAACGUCCUGCCAGUGUGAGGACAGCUACUAUCGGAGGGACACGGAUCCACCCAACAUGGCAUGCACAAAGCCUCCCUCCGCCCCGCGGAACGCCAUCUCCAACGUGAACGAGACCAGCGUGCUCCUGGAGUGGGCGGCGCCCGAGGAGACGGGCGGCAGGAAGGACGUGAGCUACAACAUCCUGUGCAGGAAGGUGGCGGCGGACUCCGGGCGGUACGAGGAGUGCGGGGGCCAGGUGCGCUACCUGCCCCGGCAGAGGGGCCUCCGCAACAGCACCGUCAUGGUGGCCGACCUCCUGGCCCACACCAACUACACCUUUGUGGUGGAGGCCGUCAAUGGCGUCUCUGACCUCGCCGCCCUCCUGCGCCCGUCCGUUUCUCUCAAUGUCACCACUAACCAGGCCGCUCCGUCACCAAUCAGUGUUGUUAGGAAAGGGAAGACGGCAAAAAACAGCAUCAAUGUGUCAUGGCAAGAACCAGACCGGCCGAACGGCAUCAUACUGGAAUACGAGAUUAAAUAUUUUGAAAAGGACCAGGAGACGAGCUACACCAUUAUCAAGUCAAAGGAGACGCGGAUCGUCGCCGACGGCCUGAAGCCGUCCUCCGUGUACGUGUUUCAGAUCAGGGCCCGCACCUCCGCGGGCUACGGGGGCUUCAGUCGCCGCUUUGAGUUUGAAACCGGCCCCUUCUUAGUAGCUGCAUCCAGUGACCAGAGCCAGGUCCCCAUCGUUGCUGUGUCCAUCAUUGUGGGAGUCAUCCUGCUGGCCCUCGUCACUGGGUUCCUGCUCAGCGGACGGCGCUGUGGCUACAGCAAGGCUAAGCAGGAUCCUGAUGAGGAAAAGAUGCACUUUCACAACGGGCACAUAAAAUUCUCGGGGAUACGCACGUACAUUGACCCUCACACCUAUGAAGACCCAAACCAAGCCGUGCACGAGUUUGCGAAGGAGAUCGACGUGUCCUGCAUCUCGAUCGAGAGGGUGAUAGGAGCUGGUGAGUUUGGAGAGGUAUGCAGCGGGCCUCUUAAACUGCCAGGCAAGAGGGAGAUCUUGGUGGCCAUUAAGACUCUGAAAGCGGGCUACACGGAGAAGCAGAGGCGGGAGUUCCUCGGGGAGGCCAGCAUCAUGGGUCAGUUCGAUCACCCCAACAUCAUCCACCUGGAAGGCGUGGUGACUAAAAGUAAACCUGUGAUGAUAAUAACAGAAUAUAUGGAAAAUGGAUCUCUUGACACGUUUUUGAAGAAGAAUGACGGGCAGUUCACGGUGAUCCAGCUGGUGGGCAUGUUGAGGGGCAUCGCCUCUGGAAUGCGCUACCUCUCAGACAUGGGCUACGUGCACCGCGACCUCGCCGCCCGAAACAUUUUGGUCAACAGCAACCUGGUUUGCAAGGUGUCGGACUUUGGCCUGUCCAGAGUCCUGGAGGAUGACCCGGAGGCCGCCUAUACUACAAGGGGGGGGAAGAUCCCGAUCAGGUGGACCGCGCCCGAGGCCAUCUCCUUCCGGAAGUUUACGUCCGCCAGCGACGUGUGGAGCUACGGCAUCGUCAUGUGGGAAGUGAUGUCGUACGGCGAGAGGCCGUACUGGGAAAUGAGCAAUCAGGACGUGAUCAAGGCGGUGGAGGACAGCUACCGCCUGCCCGGGCCAAUGGACUGCCCCUCCGCUCUCUACCAGCUCAUGACCGACUGCUGGCAGAAGGACCGCAACAGCAGGCCCAAGUUUGAGGAGAUCGUCUGCCUGCUCGACAAGCUCAUCCGGAACCCCAGCAGCUUGAAAACCCUCAUAAACUCCUCCAAAAGGGUCUCCAAUUUAUUAGUGGAGUACGGGGCCAUAGAAAGCACCGUCUACCGAUCCGUGGGAGAGUGGCUGGAAGCCAUAAAGAUGGGCCGAUACACAGAGCUGUUCACGGACAGCGGGUACACUACUCUGGAAGUGGUGACUCAGAUGACCUCGGAGCAGGGAUCUGAGGAGGGUCGGGGUGACCCUUGCUGGGCACCAGAAAAAGAUCAUCAACAGUAUCCAGGAGAUGCGGGUUCAGAUGAUGAAUGGUCAAGUGCAAAUCUGACCCAGCGGUCAGACCUGCGGUACCAGUAACCCAGCACUUUUUUUAUGAACAUGAACUGCAUUUAUUGUACGGGAAUAUUUAACAAAGGGAAAUGACUUCAUGCGUGCCGAGGAGAAAAAAAGGACUAUGUGUUCGUCUCUAACUCCUCCUACAUUUCUGACGUUCAGGAAGAGCAAGCAGUGUGUAGUAUGUAGCCAUUUUACAAGUGUGGCACACUCCUGGACCUGAAAGUAUUGCCACUUCAUCAGUCCUGACCGAAUGUACACUUGCUGAUCUCCUAGCUCAGUCACAGGUACUGUUGACAAGCAUUCACCAACCAUUUUUAGUGAUCAACCCCAACUUUGUAGAAGGGUCACUUAAAAUGAAAACUGAGGUGAACUUUAAGACUACCCUGUAUCAUGUAGCUAAAGCAAAUAACUACUGAGUUAUAGAUGCUUACAAGACUUCUAUGUAAGCAGAUACGAUCACAAAAGCAAUGGACAAGUCCUGUUGUAUACAGGGAUGUUAAGGUCAUUGCGCACUUCCACACAUUUAACCAAAAUAAGACAAGAAGCAGUUUCUGUUAACAGCAGAAAUUAAGAGAACACUCUUUAUUUGUUCUUCCCAUUUGUGUGUGUGUGUGUCUGUGAGGGAGAGAGAGAGAGAGCCAUAGAGAGGUACUAAACAUUCAAUAAAUUAUUGUGGCUUUACAAAAGAAGAACAAAAAUAUAUUUUGAUGAAUUUCUCAGGCAGGUGGAGCUACCUGCACAGCACAUUUCCCUUCAUUAGCACCAAGUUCUAACCCCGUAUUCAAAUCACAGGGGUUGAAAAACCUUUCUCAGCGAACCAGGUGAAUAUAUCUGUGUCCAUUUUCCUUGCAGUGCUUUCACCCAGCUUAUCAUGGAUACUAAAAGGGUGCUUAUGUUUCUCUGGAGAAUCAUAGUCCACUUAGUAAGAACUACUGCACACGGGUGCAGCAAACAUAUGUAGCUGUAGUAAUGACGUGAUCAUGUCAAUGGCUCACACCAAUGCAGGGCACUCUGUGGAGUUUAUAUUGUGUGAAUAGGUCAGCCACACCCUUACACACAUUAUUCCAUCCCAGAACAGCGUAGCAACUGCAAUCUGCACGCACCUGUGUGUUGUCACACAUAAAUGUAACUGCAUUGUAGAAGUGAGUGUGUUGCAUGGGGGUAAGACCGUUGUUUCUACAGCAUGAUGUGGAGGGGAAAAGAGGGAUGUAGAAAAUGCAGAUCAGAGACACCCAAAUCACAUAUAAUGUAGUGGGCUGGUGGCUGGUGUGUGGCCUCGCUGGCUGUGGUCAGUCAAGAGUGAAUAUGGUACACAUGCAAUUUGGCCGGUGUACCUGCCAUGUCCCUUAGAAUCCAGUUGGUCUUCUCUCUUUUACUGUAGUCAUGGCACCUAGAUUUCAUCAUAAUUGGCAUUGUAAUAUAUUUUUUUAAAUUUGAAAUUAUUAUUAUUAUUUAUUUUGUACCCAUUACAGGUGCUGAAAAAUGUCCCUUGGCCCAAUUAUACUUCUGAAAAGCAUCAAGAAAGUGACAUUUGCUUUUGUACUUCGGUUAAUUGAUUAUUAGGCAAUGCAUCAUUGUGGAAAUUUUGAAGCCAAACUCAUUUUCUGAAUUUUAAUGCCUCUCAAAUAUGACUGUAUGGGUAUAUAGAGGCACAGUGUGAUGUAUUAUUUAGCUUCUUCUCCAAUAUCAAACAUUUUAUAUGUAAAUAAUGUAAAAUUUGCUAUGUGAACAUUUUUCUCCUGGUUUUUGAGGGGGAUUUCUUGGUUACUGAAUAAUGUGUGGUUGAACUACAUUAUGGUGUACAUACAAGAUGGUUAACGGAUGCCUAAUUAGCUUUUCGGAUUAAAAUGAAGAAUUUUACAGUCUGGUAUAUAUAAAUUCUGAUUGGUAUUCUGCUUUGAACAGGAUUCAAUUAUUUGUUCUGUAGUGUAUAUGAUUUGCACACUGUUGUAAUUGCUAGCUCUCAAUAGUAUAUCAAUGUGUAUUUUUAAUUAAUUGUCCCCAUUAUUGAACUGAAAUUAAUUUCCUCUUUUAAUUACUACCUGGAGAUUGUUGAUAGGGUAGGUUUUGUAUAGCUUAUUAACUGCAGGUGAUAUUUUGGUGUCCAAUUUUGGCAAAGCAGGGUAUUGUAUUUGGUCUUAAAUACGUGUCAAAUAAUUAUAUUGCUCUGAAAAUGUGGGUUUGGUUACCAUGUGCACCUAAAAAAUUUACUAGACUGAUUACGUUGUUAGGGUUAGGGUACUGGUGUACUGUUGACAAGAACAAGGACAAAUUUGCACUGAAAAGUACAGUACCAAUAUAGUUACUAGAAUUUUUUGUGCAAGACAAACUUGAAUUGUUAUUAUUUCAUAAUUUAUUGAACUUCAACUGGCAUCUUCAGACAGCAAUUGUCUUUUUUAUUUUUUAUUUUUAUCUGAAUUAAGUGAUUCACUUUUGAAUCAGAAUGUAUGUUUUCUUCAAAGAGCAGAACAGCUAUUUUUUUUUUUUUUGCAUGAACAACAGUGAAUCAAUAUGCACAUUUCUGACUUCAGUAACAAGAUGUAUCUAACAUGCAUUUAAAUGUUGAAUUAUUUUAAGCAUAAUUCAAAAUAUCCAUUUAUCUGUACUGUAGUACUGCCACCACACAAAUAUUUCUAUUUGACAACAGAUUUUGAUGACAUAAAACUAUAUAGUAUGGGAUGGCUAAACAGUUAUCUGUAUGUAGAGCAUUUAUUUUAUCAUCAGGGAAAACUAAAUAAUAAUAAUAAUAAUAGUAAUAGUAAUAAUAUACCUCUACUUGUGUUUAUGAUCCCAGCUAUAGAUUAUAAAAUGAAGUUCAGUACGUUACACUUUAAGAUAAAUUCAAUCAGGCAUUCUAUCCUUCAGUACUCAACUUGGACUAACAAAUAAAUGCACGUUUCUUUUUCACAUUACUUGUAAGCUCAUAUCAUGGCAAUUAUUGGUGCAAUGUUGGCCAAUAUCCAAGGCAGUAAAUAUUUCAGCAGAAAUAGCAGUUAAGGUAAUGUCUUGAUAUCUGAAACAUUCAGCCGUUAAAAUAUUGGAGCCGUGACGUUUCUUCAUAGUUCCUUUUACUGCAUGUUUAACACUUAUCUGCAUAAGUGCUUGUAUCUUUCACCUUUGUCUUAUUUACUUGUACGUUUGUUAUCAUCUGAAGUCAUAAUAUGUAUGUGCACCGUGCAUAGACUAUUUCAUGAUAACAAAUUUAUCCAUAAAUUAUUUUCAGACGCCACUGUGCACUUCCAUUCAUUGGGUAUUUAAGGAUUUAUUACUUUUUUUUUUUUGCAUGUACUCAGUUUUUUAAAAGUGCCUCAUUUAUAUUAGUCUGAAAUUUAAGUUGCACUUAAUCAAAUUACCCUCUUCAGCUUUUAUGUGUAAUGAGUCAGAAAAAAAAAGAUUUGGAGGGAAAUCCAUUCAAAACUGGAAGAAAAUCAAAACGUCAGUAGUUUUCAAAAGGAUCACUGCCUUCAUUUAGGUUCAAAUUACUUUUGAAGGCAUUAUCCGUAAUCCUAUUUUAGAAUUUUAAAUGCCUUGAUAGCCUCACAGAAAAUGAUAUUUUAGCACACUUCAUGAGUAAAAGAAUAGUAAAGCUUUUGCAUACACGUUGAGUAACAUAAUACUACUGCUUUUGUAAAAGAAACUGUUAAAUACUUACAUUUCUAUUACAUAACACAAACCUUUUAAGUUGCACUUUACAGGUUGUACUUACUGUAUAUUUUAUUUCAUAUUUAAUAAUUUGGUUGUUUAAUUGUUGGUUUGAUUUAAUACUGUGAGUUGAUUGUUGUUGUGUCCUGUUAAUACUGUACAUUUCCCAGCCAGGAAAAUGUUCAAUUAAAGAAAUUAUCUAAGUGUGGUCAUUUGAGGUCAAUAAUGUUACGAUAAUGCAGUAAUGUAUGUUUACUAGACAUCAAAUAAACGUUCAAAAAAUGUAUAAAAGAGGAAGAAAUUGUGAUUAAGACCUAUUUAUGCAACUCCAAGUAAAGAGUUGCAUAAAUAACAGUUUUUAUUUUAACUAAAUGAGUCUUGCAUUCAGAUAUAGCUUAAUUUUAGCCACCUUUGUGAACCAGGGAAGUUUUUGCUCUUGUUGUGCAGUUACUUCGGAUAUUUGCAGCCAAAGCUGCCACAUAAAUUUGAGGAAAAUAUAUAAUUGGUGAAUGUACCGGUUGUGAACAAAGAUAAAUGGAAAUAAACGUAAACAUAAGUAUUCUGAUACAGGAGGGUUCCCUUGGCUCCGUAAAGGGGUGGAGUACAUUUUCCUGGCUUGGUUGUGGUGCAUUCAUAAAAACAAUGUACAUUUGAUAAUAGUACUGAGCGGUCAUUUUUUCCCAUGUUGGAGCAUGCAUUUCCUGUAGAUAAUGAUAACAAUGCCUCAGGCUACAGAGCACAAGUACAGAGCACAAGCAGUCACCCAGUGACUUGAGGCGCAUGAUACUGAUGCCAUUCAUAUAUCACGGCCUUUUCAGUCACCAGAUCUGAACCCAAAUGAACAUGCGGUAUUAUGGGAUAUUCUGAAUGAAAGCAUAUUAUACAGGAUAUUAUUACAUUUGUAAUUUGCCUGAUUGACAGACAAGUCGUGUCAUAAUCCUCAUUCAGAAUUCCAGACACUUGUUACAAUGUUACAAUGCAUAGAGUCCUAUUAAGACAAUAAUAUGAAUAAUAAUCUCGAUAAACCUCAAAGACUUUUCUUAUAAUCACAGUUACAUUUUUUUUUUUAUGUAUGUAAAUUACUAAUCUCUGGCUAAAAGUAUAUAAUAAUCACUUAUCACAUGUCCCACCAUCACAUAUUGAUUUUUUUUUUUCCAGAUGAACAAAUUACUUUUGUUCAUUUGGAACAAUUAAAGUUAACAUUGCUGGCCUGGUGCAAAUAAUAAAAAUAAUAAAGAAGUUUCAAGAAAAUUGAGAGUCAUAUUUGUUUCUGGAAAAGGGAAUGAAGGCUGGCAGUGUAUGGUUUCUCAUGGUUUUGGUUUAGGAAAUAGCACCGUAUCAAAUAAAAUGCUACAGAUUACUGUUAAAGGAAAAUUCCAGGCUAAACGUGUAGCAGUGAUGUGCAUUCAUUCCAGGGUUUAUUAUUUUUGUGUGAUAUAUUUUACUUUAUCGCUAUUCACAAUUUUUCACUUCCAAUCCUGUCAGUCUUCUCCUGGAUCUGCUCCAGUGUGUAAUUUUCCUACAUUACCCAGAACUACUUUUCCCACCCCACGUUGUCCUCCAGCCUGCUGUGCUUAUUCAUCUCCUCCUUUGCAAACAAAUAAGGCUCCAGCUCUAUCUCUUCAAAAAAAAUGCCAUGGCUAGCGAGCUAGUAGUAGUUAGCCAAAAGACUAGAAGCAAUGUCAAAGAUAGUGGCUACUCCCCCAAUCACCCCGUGAAGCUACAGUGUUGCAUUCUGGGCUAUUGAGGCUGCUAACACAGCAAAAAUCAGUUUGUCCUCUUGAUAAAUUAUUGAUUUGUCUUAGUAGAAGUAUUCGAGAAAGUUGAUUAGUGAGGAUUCAAGGCAAAAAAACCCAAGGUAUUGUCCCUAAGUUGUGAAACGAAUAUCUGAUCCUUAUAGUUGGUGCUAUUGUGGGUAAAAGACAUACUGUCAUAUUAAACUGCCCUGUGGAUGCUGUGGCAAUAUCACCGUGUGAUGUCACAUCGUCUACAGAACUUGAGUUUAGCUGUGGAAAGUACUACACAAAACAGAACAAUAGAACCUGGGGUGCGUUUUAUAGCACCAAUAUGAAAAUUCUAACAAGUGUUUUAGCCUGGAAUUUUCCUUGAAUGUUUGUUAUACUUAUGUAUAAAAAGCCAUCAUAUAUGUAACAUUAUGCACACAUGAAAGCAUGUAAAUCUGUACGGAAAUCAGUACUGAAUGAUGCUAAUUAUUUACACUGUUUUCGGAAUGGUUUGCCUGUUUUUUUCCCUACCUCGAGUCCCAGCGGAAUCUGAUAUGUGAUGGUUUCGGAUGAGUGUACAAGCAUUACUCAUCCAUAGGAAGCACAUUGGUGGUCAGACCCUCCUGAAUGUUUAAAUGUAGGGAUUAGUUUUCACAGUCUAAACGCUGCUGGUUAAGGUGUGUAGCAACUUGGCUUGUAACAUUUAAGAACUCAAUAAUAUAAAGUUGCAUCGGCAAACGUAUUAUUGUUAUUGCAAAUUAUUAAUGUCAAAUUCGGAAUAAGCACACAGGUAAGCCCUUCAGUUUAAUGUUAGUUUAUAUUUCUUUUCUUCUUUUUUUGUCAAGUAAUCCUAUUAGAGAAAGAUUAUAAGUUUCAUUUUAUCCAAAUUUAUUCUUUUUUUUUAUUUAGGUUUCCUCACUCUUCUGCAGAAGACAUUUUCCUAGAUUCAGUCAAAUGCAUUUAGCUACUUAAAGGGCAUCCAGUUCAACCAAAAUGUGACUUAAAAGGCAGAGGACUCUAUUUUCUUGCCGGUACAUGUCAUGUGGCAGGUGGUCGCAUUGGCUAAGUCGCAUUUUCAUCAUAGAUUUUCACUACAGCACUACAAUAUCUUACAACGUAGCAAGGUUGUUAGAUGUUGGUAUAGCAUCCAUGGUAGGUCAUCAAUAACACUGUGCACUUGAAUGAGUUACCAGUAUAGAUUAAAUGCAGAAGUAUAUUUACAGUUUCCAAAAAUGAUGCUCACUAGCUACAGUUUAUUUACUAAUUAGUUAUAUUUUGUGUUGAUAAACUGAUUUCUAUCUUGUGAUUAAAUACAGCUAAUAUUAUGAAAGGCAUUUGAUUCCUACUCUGUAUUGUGUUUUCUUCAAGGUCAUAAUAUAUUUAAUUGGUCAUUUUAAAGUCAAAUACAAUUGACACAAACAAAUAAGUAUUAUAUGAACAAUGCUGUCAGUGAAUUAUACUAAUAUUGCUGCUGCCUUCAUUGAAUCUUUCAUUUUCUUAUCACCCACUGUCAUUUUCUUCUGGAUUUAAUGACACAAAUCGCACCACCAAUUAUUCCCGUUAGAAUUUGAAUUUAAUUUCUAAUUAGAAUUGAGCUGCACCAUAACACAUCAUAACCCCCAUAAAAGCAAUCCAACCAUUCUCUCCCUUUCACACCCAAGUGCUAGGAAAUGUAUGAAUGGAAUAUCAAUUGCGGGAGUUUUUUUUUUUUUUUUCUUCUCUUUCUCUUUCCUCUCUGUCUUUUCUUUGGAACAAAACACCUAUUUUGCCUGAAUUACUUUUUCAGUGGACAAUUGAAACAUGUUCACAUAGGUCCAUAGAGUCCAAUACGAUCUGGUCCAUAGAGUUAAGCAAAGGGUACAUGUGUAUUACAUUUGUGCUCAUUGCAAAGAUUGCUAACAGUCUAAAGAACGCUGAAGUGAGAUUGUUUUUGAUGGUGAACUGAACUCGCUGUAUUAUAUACACCAUAACAAGUACAUUCGUUUUUGAUAGGCCACAACAAUUCUUUCUGAAAUGUUUUGCAUCUUAAAAUAAGACAAAUUGUAAGAGCAUAGAAGUGUAUAGCUGUUGUAUUUGUUUGUCUACUUCCUGAUACUGUAUGUGUAUUUUGGUUGUGUACAUGUUUUUUGUAGUGUAAGAUAAAAAAAUUUAUUUUUGUAAAAAAAAUAAAAAUUAAAAACAAUCA